GGCUGCUGUGUGAGCUGCUGGUAGGGCUGAGCUACUGCAGGCGCUGGCUCGGCGUCAGGCGCCGCCGGCCGGGCAUGCCUGGGAGCCUGCCCAGGAAGCGCCGUCAAAGAGGAGUUUGUGUGAAGGCUUGGCCCUGGCUCUGCUCGGCGCCCCUGCCCGCCGCCCGCCCCGUACAGCCGGGCGUUUGAACCAGGGAGCGAGAGCCAGCGGGAGCCAGCCGGGACGCGGGGUCCGUUUUGCCGUUGGAGCAGCUCAUGGCUUCGGUGUUCAUGUGCGGGGUGGAAGAUCUGCUCUUCAGCGGCAGCCGCGUCGUCUGGACGGUGACGGUGGCAGCGCUGAGGCGGUGGUACGCGGCCCGGCUGAGGGCAUGCCGGCAAGCCCUGCGCGCCUGGUGCGGCCUUCGGGACGUCUACCAGAUGACAGAGGGCCGGCACUGCCAGGUACAUCUCCUCGAUGACAGGAACUUGGAGCUGCUGGUUCAGCCCAAACUUCUGUCGCGGGAGUUACUGGAUCUGGUGGCCUCACACUUCAACCUGAAAGAAAAGGAGUAUUUUGGGAUAACGUUUAUAGAUGAUACAGGUCAGAGUGUGUGGCUGCAGCUGGAUCACCGAGUUCUGGACCAUGACUUGCCCAAGAAACCAGGCCCGGCAACUUUGUACUUUGCCGUUAGGUUCUACAUUGAAAGCAUUUCCUUUCUCAAGGACAAAACUACAGUCGAGCUGUUCUUUCUGAAUGCCAAGUCCUGCGUGCACCAGGUAAGCCGCAGUGUUCCUUUGGAGAUCCUUGUAGGCUCUGUCUUAGUGGCGUAUCCUUCUAUACACUGCAUAGUAAAUGCUUAA